GAAUGGACGAAGAGAAGCUUAAAUUUUGGUGUUGUGCUGUCAAAGAUGUCAGGACUGUCAGAAACGGAGCGCGCUGGAUGUACAAAGAUAUUGAAGUUAAUGUCAAAAAGCGACCUACUGUCACUUAGUGACACAGUUACUAAUAAACUGAUAGCCGUGGAAAAUAUUACAGAGGCUAUGGAAACAAUUCUGUCCUUCACUAAAAAUGCUGAGGAACUCCUGAAAAGGAAGAAGGUUCAUCGGGAGCUCAUUUUUAAGUACCUGGCCAAAGAGGGGCUGGCAAUGCCCCCCAACAGCGAGAAACACCAGCUGGUGAAGAGGACGCUGGAGCUUUGGUCGUCAGGGAAGGCCGUGGUUGAUGAAAGCCUUCAAAGAGAGGUGGAUGAGACCAGACAGAGACGGCCCACAGAGACAGCGUCUGACACCACAGACUUGAAGACUGAUGUGGGCUUUGACCCACAGGUCCUCGGCCAGCAGUUCUGCCAAUGGUUCUUCCAGCUCUUGAACAGUCAGAACCCCUCACUGGGCCAACAGCCUCAGGACUGGGGACCACAGCACUUCUGGCCAGAUGCAAAACUACGUCUCCUCGCUAGAGCUGGCAGUGAGCAGAUGGAUGAAUACCUAGGGGCUGAACUGGUUAGCCUUCGUCUCCUCGCCUUGACCAGGGAAGAACGCCUCCUCCUCAGCCCCAACUUGGAGCCCCAUGGCCUCAGGGCCCUCGCCUCCCCCCAUGGCUUGGUGCUGGUGGCCGUGGCUGGGACCAUCCACAGAGAUGCAGCUUGUCUGGGCAUCUUUGAGCAAAUAUUUGGCCUCAUCCGCUCCCCACUGGAAAAUAACAGCUGGAAGAUCAAGUUUAUCAACCUGAAGAUCAGAGGGCAGGAUGCUCUGAGUGGGACAGAGGUGGCAGCGCCUGCCUUGAGUUACAACUCCAGUGAACUUCAGCUUCUCUGCAGAUGAUGACACUUUUUUUUUACUCAUCACUCAUCUAACUUACCCAAACAGUUCUUUUCAGAGACUGGGACAACUUUCCUGGCACAAACCCCUCUCCUAUUUCAGGCAAGUCAGGUAGGUGGACACUGUUGCAUCUAAAUCUACUUUGGAGGUUCAUUGGUGAUAUAACAUAAACCCUUGAGAGAAGUUUUCCUUAUUGUCUUUCUGCCUUGCAGAAAAUGUAACUCUCUUCUGCUUCUUAUUGUGGAAACAGUUUGCUUUAAAUAUACUGUACCCUGAUGUAAAGCAUAUUGAGCUUUGGUGGCCUGUGCCUUUUGUAAGAUAAAAUAUAAACACAGACAUGCUCUUGUAAAUAAGUAUAAUAUGAAAUAUAAAUAUUAUAUUAACACUUGUGUACUGCUUACCUUAAUUGCAUGUAGUCUUUUCUUUUUUUUUAAGAUCACAUACUUGUCUGCUUCCCAGACAAUUAUGUGAUGUUUGUUUGAUGGUGACUUUAUCGCAGAAUAUUGUGGCUUGAAUGAAUGGUGAAUUUUCCAGUGGUUCCCAACGGUAGUGUAGAAUAUCCGUCUCAGUUUGCACUUUCAAUCUUGUAACAUUUACAUUUUGAUAGCACAGCAUGCAGCUGUUGGGAAAAUGUUUGUUUUCUGUGUGUUCUAUAUCCUUAGGCACCAUGUAAUUUGACACAGAAUGUGUUUGAUGGAUGUCAGUCUCAUUGGGCCUCAACCAGAAUGGAAUGAAGAUUACAUUGAAUUAUGUUUUUUGCUCAUACAGAGUCCAGAUGCUGUACAAUCCCAUGGCUCAGAGUUAACUAGGCAACAUCAACUGAUGCUGUAGUUGAUAGUCUUGGAAAACAAAACAAUGUAAUCACACAGUUGUCAAGAAAACAGAUUCUUUUUUUCUUUAUCGCCAGGUUCUGCAUCAAAAUGAGCCCAAGCUUUUGCUUUUGCUGCUCUGUGUUCAUGUGAUUUUUUUGAUUUCUAAAGGCAGAAUGUACAGAAACGUAGGAUAGAAUUUGGUAGGUAGUCAUCACAGGUUCAUCUUGACCUCCCAGUGGUCCCAGCAGCUAUUUCAGUGGUUCUCAAAAUGUAUGCAUAGAUAUGGAGGUCGUUUUUAAAGCCAAAACUGAUAGCUGUUAUUUUGUGCCAGUGUUCAGAAUUCAUGCAUUUGAUCAUUUUCAUAUCCUUUAUACAAGUCUGAUUACAGGUGUCCCUGUAGACUGACAGAGUUGCACACCCAUGCACAAAUGAUUUUUGACAUCUCAUAUGGAAAUAAACACGUUCAGUAGCUGUGGUCAAGAAGAAACCCUCCAUCAUAUCAGAUGUGAUAGUCAGAUUUUUUUUAAUGGCAUAUGAUAUGCAUAGCAUAUUUAUGAGUCCAGCUCUGCUCUGAACAUUUAAGAGUCUGCAGUUUGCUGUUAGGAACGAAGCAGGCCUCUUCUCCUCGGUUUGUGCCUGAGGGUGCUGUGCAGCACAGGAGGUCCAGCCUCGUCUGCUCUACAGGACAAAUUUCAGAAAGAUCAGAGAGAUGAGGGUAAGAGUCAGGGGAGGAUCCAGCCUCUUCAUCAUUAACACAGGACCUCCUUGUACCAUAAAACAGCUGAGAACCUACCGUUCCGUUAGAUUUUUCCCCAAAGCUUUUCCUUUCUCACCAACUGGUAUUUUUAGCUAUGUUUCAACUACAAAAUACAGCAUUUUCACUGAUAUGCUAUAAGGCCCCAUUAAUGCGACAAAACUAAAUAAUUUAUCCACAAUACAUUUCACAAGCUCCAGAUAGACUUUCUUAAUGAAGUGGCUCUGGUUUUCCAUUGAUUCUACUCUGUCAUCCUAGUCAGGACAUAUAGGGUCUGGUGGGGCACAGAUUAUGCCAGUAUGACUCUGUGGCUUUGGUGGGAAAUGUUACAUGUGGGAAAUUAUUCUUGGCAGCCGUUUUCAAAGGCCCCUGGAAUAGUUAAUAUCUGCGACUGUAUGGGUUGGAGCUGCAGGGCCCUUUGUGCUUUACUGGGCCAUAGUUGUGGUGAGGGGAAACCACUGCAGCCAUUGAUCUCAGCCUGUUCACCUCUCAGAAAGAAUAAUAACAAGCUGCUCGCCUUCUGUCUUUAUGGCACUUGGCUUCUCUGUAUUUUAAUAAGCGGUUUGGCCACGGGCGCAGCUCUGACGCACGGGUUAAAAAAUACCACUGCAGUGGCGUCUGGUGAUGGUUUUGACUCCAAAGAGCUUUUUUUUUCCUCUUUUUUUUUCUCUCCCUCCUCUAAUAGGGAAGUGUGUUUCUCAUAAAGAAACAUGCUAAAACUUAGAUCCAUGGCUCUUUGAAAUAGCUUAUGGGUGGUGAACCAUGGAGACUGCUGCUUUAAUUAUCAGUCCAUUUUUUCCACUUCUUACUUUGAUUGUGACUGAUUGGAUGUUAGCCCUGCUCUCAGAAACAGCCUCAUUAGUUAUCAAAGAUUACUUUAUUAAACGCUUCAUGCUAUAGCCAUUUUUCACUCUUUGACAAUCUGAUGGUUUUACAGAUCCAUUAAUGCCAAACUGCUUUGUUUUUUUUUUUAUUAUGUCUACAGCAGUAAUACUAAAAGUAGGUCUUGGGGACACCCAGGAUUUUGUCAGGGAUUUCAAGGAGUCCUUGAAGUGCUUCCCGGCAUUUUAUGCUAACUGAGGAAUAAUCU